GUGUGAAUGUAACUCCGAUAUACGUGCAGGAAAGUCAAAGAAAGCCAUACAAGUUCAUGGAUGUAGGACCUCCGGCAUCAAUAGCAAGAUUCGUCUACACCGAUCGCGAUGAUCCGAGCGCAAGCGCAAAGGAGGUGACGGUUGAGGAGUACUUUGCACGUAUAAAGAGCAUGCGACUGCGGUUUCCGAAUUUGCCGGUGUUGGUUGUGGGACCUCGGCAAAGAAAUCUAAUGAUCCCAAUGGAAUUGCUGAUGAUUUGGGAUAAACCGCAGAAGGUGGUGAAGGAGCUGAACGAGUUUCAGAAAGCGAAACUGAUCAGAGGAACGUGUUUGAAGCCGUCGGAACGUAAACGACGGAUCGCCUAUAUGAUUGGAGGGCAGGAGCUGAAUGAGGACGCAUUCCUAGAGAAUUACUGCGUGAGUAUUGGGGACGAGAUGAUACACUGCUCGGGACGGGUCAUCGAACCUCCGAAAUUGGAGCUUUUUGUGCGAUUUUUUGUUGAUUUAUUAUAA